CCCCCUGCCCGCCGCCGCCGGCUCCGCUCGGCCGCGGUGCGGUGCGCGCCUGCGCUGGCCCUCGCCUCGGAGCAGCCAUGAUGGAAGGCCUGGACGACGGCCCCGACUUCCUCUCGGAGGAGGACCGCGGACUUAAAGCAAUAAAUGUAGAUCUUCAAAGUGAUGCUGCUCUGCAGGUGGACAUUUCUGAUGCUCUUAGUGAGAGAGAUAAAGUAAAAUUCACUGUUCACACAAAGAGUUCAUUGCCAAAUUUUAAACAAAAUGAGUUUUCUGUUGUUCGACAACACGAGGAAUUUAUCUGGCUUCAUGAUUCCUUCAUUGAAAAUGAAGACUAUGCAGGUUACAUUAUCCCACCAGCACCACCAAGACCUGAUUUUGAUGCUUCAAGGGAAAAACUACAGAAGCUUGGAGAAGGAGAAGGGUCCAUGACGAAGGAAGAAUUCACAAAGAUGAAACAGGAACUGGAAGCUGAAUAUUUGGCAAUAUUCAAGAAGACUGUUGCAAUGCAUGAAGUGUUCCUGUGUCGUGUGGCAGCACAUCCUAUUUUGAGAAAAGAUUUAAAUUUCCAUGUCUUCUUGGAAUAUAAUCAAGAUUUGAGUGUGCGAGGGAAAAAUAAAAAAGAGAAACUUGAAGAUUUCUUUAAAAACAUGGUUAAAUCAGCAGAUGGAGUAAUUGUUUCAGGAGUAAAGGAUGUAGAUGAUUUCUUUGAGCAUGAACGAACAUUCCUUUUAGAAUAUCAUAACCGAGUUAAGGAUGCAUCUGCUAAAUCUGAUAGGAUGACAAGAUCCCACAAAAGUAAGGUUUUUUCUCUAUGGCUAAAGCUUACACCUUUUAAUGGCAGAAUUGUAGAGUCGUGUUACUUACAGUUUAAGUCCUGA